AUGGCGGCCUCUGUGGAUCAGAAGCUGCGGGCGCAGACCAAGUUUCCGGCGGAGUUCAACCAAAAGGUGGACAUGCAGAAGGUCAAUGUCGAAGUUAUGAAGAAGUGGAUCGCCGGCAAGAUCACUGAAAUACUCGGCAAUGAGGACGACAUUGUGAUUGAGCUGUGCUUCAACCUCCUCGAAGGCACGAGAUUCCCCGACAUCAAAGACCUCCAAAUUUCCCUUACGGGCUUUCUUGACAAGGAUGCAGCCAAGUUCUGCAAAGAGCUGUGGAACCUCUGCCUGAGCGCUCAGUCCAACCCUCAAGGCGUGCCCAAGGAGCUUCUCGAAGCGAAGAAACUCGAGCUUUUGCAGGAGAAGGUUCAAGCAGAGAAGGCGGUACACGACUCUGCGGCACGAAGAGAUCUCGAGCAAUCCCGGGAGGCGCACAUGAACGAUCUACGACAACAGGAGCGAGCUGCAAGAGGUGGUGACCGUGGCUCGGGUCGCGGGCGAGGCCGAGGGCGUGGCGGCCUAGGUGGUCGAGAAGGUCACCUUACCGCAAUGACCAGACGUUUCGUCGAGACACGGACACGUACAUUCCGCGAGGGCGUGGUCGUGGCAGAGAUGGAGACAGAGACCACAGACGAGAUGGCCAUCGGAGACGCAGAUCUGACUCUAAUCCUCCAGUCGGUCGCCAAAUCGGAACGGCUCAAGAACGCCAGAAAACGACGAGGCCGGACGAUACCGAAGGGCGAAUGGCGACGGAGACGUGACGAUGAAAAAGGACACAGAGGCCGCCCAGGCCAGAACAGUCUCAAGGUCACCCAGAAGAAGACGAAGUCCCUCAUCUUCGGCAUCAGCAUCCAGAAGUCGAAGCCGCAGUCCAUCUAG